AAGGGAGAGUGAUGAUCAGAGAGGCAAAGUCCUUGGUGGAAAUCUUGGAAGUUGAGCUUAAAAACAACCAACUUAAAGCUAUGAAUGUACCUAGCAAGCUAACGAAGCUAGCUUGCACUCGUGUCAGACAACUAGCUACAGUUACCCAUAGCUGGCUAGAUAGUUUUUUUAGUUUGGUCGUUUAUUCCAAUACAUUUUAGUAUUCCUAAAAGCUAGUUACGUUGAUUAAAUGUGACACUUCGCGGCCACUGGAGUAUGACGCUUAACUACCGUUUGCAUUGAAUUGUGGGUCAUUGAUUUGAUUUGAUAUCAACCAUAAGUAGUCUACAUUCGUCACUCGCUCCCUUGAUCUAAAUCGAGGGCAGAGGGGGCAAAGUAGUGAAUUGGACCUUCAUUUUAGAUGGAAAUCAAACUGCAUCCGGUUUCAACGGGGAUUCCCAUAAAUUAAAGGGAAGAAAUAACUUGUUUGGACUGCAGCACCCGACUUUUAUUUUGAAAAUGCAGGGGAUAGCGAAAGUCGUGGCACAGGAUGUUGUCAUUUUUUGGAUGGCUUGGAAGUGAAGAUAUUGGUUUCAUCCAGUAUCAUGUGAGGAGAACGAGCGUCACUUUACUAGUUCAUUCAACUUUGCCACUUGGGUACUACAUGGGAAUGUGCAUAGCUGCCCCAGAAAAGUAUCUGGCCUAUGUUCACUUAAUAAGUGAUGGCUGGAGGGCUUUCUUCACAUUGUCACUGGCUCUUCAGCUCUUUAGCUGGGUGCUCGUCAUCUACUGGUCUCUGCACAAAUGGGGAAAUCAUCCAAUAUCGCAGAACCUUAAAGCCCAUGCAUUGCCCCAGUCUGGCUGGGGGGCAGUUGCCUCCUCUGUCAACACAGAAUUUCGCCGCAUUGACAAGUUUGCAACGGGUGCCCCUGGUGCAAGGGUUCUCAUCACUGACACCUGGAUCAUGAAGGUCACUACCUAUUAUGUACAUAUUGCACUGCAGCAAGACACUCACUUGACAGUCACAGACUCAAGGCAACACCAGCUCUCCCCUGACUCAGCCACUCCUGUUCAGAUCCUGACACUCCGGGUCGCUAGCAUCAACCCCAGCGUCAAGCCCUUUGACAUAAGGCUCAAUUCAACAGAAUAUGCAGAACUGCGAGAGAAGCUGCAUGCACCAAUCAGGAACGCUGCCAACGUGGUCAUUCACCAGACUAUGAGUGACCUCUUCUUGGAAACAUUCAAAUCCCAGGUGGAAAUGAAUCAAGUCUACCAGCUGACAAGCGGACAGGAGCUGGAGUCCUGCAUUGGUUGCAUGCAGGUGCCCGCCAACACCAAACUGUUACGGCUAUGCCAGGAGGAGGGUGAAGGAGAGUGCCAGCAGUGCUACUGUAGACCCAUGUGGUGUCUCACCUGUAUGGGCAAAUGGUUUGCCAGCCGCCAGGACCAGCAGAAACCUGAGACCUGGUUGGGCAACAGAGUGCCUUGCCCCACUUGUAGGGCCAAGUUCUGCAUCCUGGAUGUCUGCGUUGUCCCCUGAUCACUCAAUACAGUUUUCCUCUCAGUCAAUUCUAAAGAUAUGCAUAGGAAUCUGCUGGUGGUUUGGUGCAUCAGAUAGCCCUUGUGAUUACUUUUCUAAUUGUGCCUUGUCUCUAUUGCAUCAUUAGUGCCAUUACUCUGCUAUGGGAAACCUUGGCAUAUUCUAGUUUUUUUCUAACUUUGCUCUUCAUGAUUUUGAUUUGAUCAAAUAUUUUUCCCUGCACAAUAUGGCUACAACAUCAACUUUAAAGCUGGGGAGAUUGCUAAGUAGAGGUUAAAUUUAGUCUCAGCAAAAUGAUGUUUCCAUGAGCAGCACCGAAGAUAUUGCGAUGAGCGAGAUGCAAGACUCGCACAGUAUCUGUGCAUGUGCACGUGUUCGUGUCACACUGUUAGAGUGGUAGGUACGAACCAAAACAGCUGAGAAGUUUAGCCUCUUGAGUCAAUGCCUGUAGUUGUUGUUGAAAUCAACCCACUACGCUGUUUACUUUGUGCACCUACGUCAUAUCGCUGAGUCACUUACGCCUAAACGUUUGUCUGCCCCUUGAAUUACCUUGUGUGGUUUUCAACAUCUUCCAGUUGAACGUUCUGAUGAGACUCAAAUGGGGCAAAAUGUAGUAGGCUCUGGACAGUGUUGCACAACAUAUCUUUACUCUGUUUUACUGUCUCUUUUUCAAGGGUGCUGUAAUGGAAACAUUUUGUUCAUCUCUGUGUGAAAGAGUGAUAACUCUUUCAUCGGUCUGUUAUGCAAUUACGGAACUUUGUCAAGUAAGGCUAUGAAAAUAUAAUUAAUGAAGUAGUCAGUUGAUGACAUGGGGAAAACUGAUGUGGUACAUGGUUUUUAAAAUUGCCAUAUACUUAAUUUCACAAUUAUGUUACCUUUAUUAAAAUAUAGCUACCCUCUAA